AUGGUGGAACUAGAUGAAGACAACAAGUUUGUUAACAAACCAACGCCAUCUUUAGCACAGCCUGACACACAGACAACAGCAACAUUUCUAACAGUAGAAUCACCAACACAAAUCAAGACACAAGUUCAACAUACAGCGGUUAAAGAACAUCCUGACCUAGAGCGUAGACUCUCCUAUAUUGAAACAACACUAUCUUCACUACAGGACACACAACACAAGUCUACAGAUGACAUAACAGAAAUAAAUCAAUGGAGAGACAACUUUGUUUCAGAACGAAGUGACAUGUGGGUAAACAUUGAACAACUGACUAAAAAACAAAAGCAGAAUUUUAAAAAUCUUAGAAAACAAAUGAGUGAACAGGAUAACAAAGUAAAGGAGCUGAACAAAGAAAUUGAAAUUUUAAAAGAAAAAGAAACCAUGUCUAACCAAACACUAGAGAAACUGACUCUAGAUAUGAAAGAAUAUGAAAACAAAGUGCGCAAAAUAAACAAAGAGAUGCAAGAUAUAAGAGACAGUAUGAAAAAAGAAAUUAAAAGCCAUUCUGAUUUGAUUGUUUCCUUACAACAAGAAAAUAAAAAAACCAUUGUCAAAACAUCAACCCAAUUUGAAAAGCUGCAAUCAAAGAACAAUGUGAUGUACAAACUCCUACAACAAAGAUUGAUGCCCAUUGAAAAACUGAUUCAAAUCUUUAACCAGAACUUGGAAACUAGAGAAGAAAAAUUAAAUAAGCUGGGUGAACUUGAACAUACUAUUUCAAAGUUGUCUAACGAUUUUCAUCUCAUAGAGUCACGUGUAUGUAACAGAUAUGCUUGUAAUGUAAGGCUUGUUCGUCCCACAUCUGUCAGUGAUGGAUCAAUCAUUUCAACAUUUGGUGAAGUACGUGAAUAUAACGGUCAACAUUUUAAUCAAACAACAGGAAAAUUUGUAUCACCACAUGAUGGUUUAUAUCUUGUCUGUGUAACUCUAAAUGAAUGGGAAGGUAAACUGAUUAGAGUCGCUGUGAUGGCUGGAGACGUGUGGUGUAAGUUUAUAGAAGUGAAAUGUGCCAACACUAGCACUGCUGGGUCAGUGGUUGUUGACAUGAAGAAAGGUCAAGAUCUUUACUUUAAAGUGUUACACGCAGAUCAUGGCGCAAAGUUAUCCGGCUUCAGUAGUUUUACUAUCGUUAGUUUAUAG